UGGACUGCUUACCGCCCGAGACGAAGACGAGGGCGGUAACCUUCCGCGAGCCGGGCAUAUCAAACUGUUUAUUGCCCUGCCUUGAGGUGAUUAUUCCGUUUAUUCUACUUCGCGCCGGCCAACAUAAUAAAACAAUAAAAAAAGGCCUACUUUAAUAAUUAGCCUUUUUCUUAUUCGUAUUGCAUGCUUAUUAAAUGUAUACUCUGUUUAAGUUCAUCUCCCUCGAAAAGUAGUUCCCUUUAGAACUACGGUGAAUAAUGUUAGCUCUGCUCAGCUGUAGGUAACUCGUUUCUAUAGCAACCACACAAGGCUGGAUCUGAUCACUAGUUUAAUAACGUAGUUGCUACAUUCGUAUCAAGUCAGCUUUAAUGACGAUCGAUCAAACAUGCACUCCUUGGUUUAUUUUUACAAUGGACCUCAUGUUGGAAAUGUAUGUGAUAGAAAACUAUACAAGCGGCGUAUUGAUCUACUGUGCUCAGUCAACAGCAAGUAGAACCGACAAGUCAGCGGGCAAUAUGCCGGAUUAAUGCACCCCUCCCAGCCAAUCAGAAUCGAGCAUUCUUAAAUGAAGUAGAGCACAUGCCACUGACUGAAGUGAUCUAUUGCUUUUAUACAACGGUUACUGUUAUGGCGAAACGAAAGUCAUAGACACACUACAUUUAAAAAGAAACCAAGAAAGUCAAAGUAGCCGUUUUAUUAAAGACUACCAAAAAGUAGUCCCUCCUGGCUGCCGCUAUGCAUCGACGGUCGCUAUGCAACACACUUUAGAGUCCCUCCGAGAGAAGGCUCCGACAGAGCGGUUCGCCGGCAAUUUAUCCUAUGGAGCAGUUCGCUCGCCGAUUUUAGACUUCAGUGAACUGUGCUAUUGCUUUUAUACAACUGUUAAAAUUAUGGCAAAAUUACUUCACACACACACUAGUAAAAAUACGGUUGUAUUCUUUGACACUUUCCACUUCAAGGCGCGGAGUGAUACUUUCACAAAAUGAUUGGGCGUCAUAGCAGUUAAGUAUACGCUCAUUAUACAACAGUUAGGAACCAAUCAGAUCACUGGAUUCAGGCCCCAAUAGAUCACGACCAUAGACAUCUUCACGACAGGCUGUGGUAUGUGCUCAUUAUACCACUGUUAAGGGGCGUUGUCCGGCCCCGACGCGCAGCGGAGGGCCGGCGACCCCCUUCAAGAACUAGGUGGCGCCAGAGUUGUGUCUUAUUACUAAAGGAACUCAAAACCAAGUUAUUGUAAUAAGCCAUUUAUUUUAAAACAACAAUUCAAACCUCAUUUUGAUGAACUUAAUAGAACUUGAAUUGUAAAUAAUUCGAUUUUAAAGAUUUUUAGGUAAGCUAUUCUCCUUCUGUGAGGAUGUAUACAUUCUGCUGUCCAGGCAGAAGCAUGUGGGCUUGACUCACCAAUGCUCUCCAUACACACUGCUUUGAGAUAUUCAGUUUCCUGCUACAAACCUAUUUGCAUUUAUUUCUUUGGUCUCGAGGGAGAGGCACCUCAGACCUAAUUUCCUCUCUCUGUUCUGUGAAUGAUAUCCAAUCAAUUAUAGGCAAUAAAAUGUGUUCAUGGAAAGUCAGCAACGUUUAAAUAGCAUGAACACCUGCUCUUCCCUGCAAGGUGGGCCAUUUAAUCAUGCAUGAGUGAAAUGUAUGUGAAUGAAAUAUAUACAAAUAAAUGUUAUAUUUGCAGAUAUUGUGGAGACACGUAGAAAGUGCAAAUCUAGGUUAAGAAUGCACAUGCGCACACAUACACACACACACAACCAGAUGCACGCAAACACACAUACACACACACACACACACACACACACACACACACAGUCGCCUUCCAUCUUUACUAGACUUGCUUCUCAUAACCAAUCACCUCUAUUGACUUAUGGAAAGUUUUGCUUUGUGGCUAAAGUGUGAUGUGCUCACUCUAUUUUUAAACCAAACUUUCCACUCAGGUUUCAAGAGCGUGAGAGGUGGUAAUGACGUGCAGACAACAUUUGUUUUUUUCCCCCACAUGUAUGCAAAAGUUUCUACAUGCAGCAUAGCGAGAUAUAUUUACACAUUCUCAUAAAAUGUUGUUCUAUCACUUCAUAUUCUGCCUAUAUAUAUUUUAUUUUCUGAAACUAUAAACUGUUAACCGUAGUUGUAUAUCUUGAGAGGCUUUUCUUGGCCCAUGUACAUCUACUAAGAAACUAAACAUAUUUAAUACUGGAAAAUUAUGUUUUGAGAAGAAUUGUCCUGAGAAAAUGCACCAGCUUCAUGAAAAAGUCACUAAAGACCAUCGGUGUGGAUGAGGACUAUGCUCUAAAGGACUUUGCCAUCACCAAGCUGAUCCAUCACAGAACAGUUGCUGAAACAACUGCUCUUUUUAAGAUGCACCCUCCCUGCUGUCAAGCAGACUUGAAAGCACAGCUACCCUCAGCUCAUGUCCCAGGUGGAACCACUCAGAGGUUACCACCUGCCAUGCCUUGUCACUCCUCAGGGCUGGCACGAAAGCCUUGACAGGAGCCUCCCCCAGUGUGCUGUAACAACAUGAAACAGCGUUCCCCCUGCUGUUGUUGGAGACGUCACAUCAAGUAGAGUACGUGCCUCAAGAAGAGAAGAGACUGAACAAACCCCUCCUCAGCAUGGGACGCAAUCUAAAGCUCAAGGACUUCAAACAUACACAAAACAGUAUUCUAUACAUCUCCAAGUUGCUACAGAUCAGUUUGGCUCCCUGAUUAAUGUUUGUUCAUGAAGCUUGUAUCUUCAAAACCACACAAGAAUACCUGUUUCUAAAGGGGGUGGGGCAAGUAGUGCCUUUUGAUUCUACUACAGCCUUGUCAUUACCACCACUUGGUACAAAGUGACAUCACUGAAGUACAAAUAUAAUCUUGGCCAAUCACAUCCAGAUUCAGAGAACCAAUGCAUCUUUCAAUGAGUGUACCUAAUGAUUUAAUAGUCUUUAUUCUAAAACACUAUGACAAUGUACACUAGAUGCUAAGAUGACCGAUUUCAGUGAUCUUGGUCUUUAAAUGAGAUUGUGCAACUUAUGCAUGCUGAACCCAUCACACUGUUAUUUAAAAAAAAAUAAUCUUCAUUCAUCCUAGUGGUAGUAAUAGUAAUAGAAGUACUAUUAUAUAUAUAAGCAAAUACAAAUAUGUUUCAACAUUUUUCUCUGUUCUGCAAGUCAAAUAUCAGGUUGAGAGGAAAUAUAGGUCCAUUUCAUGGUUGGUUUCUGCAGCACCUCAGCAACACAUCCUGUUGAUACCUGCAAGCAGGUUAUGGUUCAGAGUUUUGGCGGUGUGUCGAAGAAAAAGGCAUGACCAGCCACAGCCCUCGCCUCUCAGCUCAACCGCUGCUAAGGGCUUCGCUCUGUUUUGUUUCCAACACAAAGGAAAGGAAGUCACACUCGAUGCUUCGGGCUUGUUGCAUUAACUGCAAAUCUACACCGGCGGUUAUAAAACAUGCAGCCUGAAACAAACAGAUGCAUCGUCAACAAGGUGGGCUCAAGAGGGGGUCUGGUGAUAUAGCCUUAGACAUGUGAAACACAUGGAUAUGGUUUACUACAAUUAUAUAGGUUUACUAAGGCACACUAAAGAUUUAUCUAAUACUAUUUUGUAUCUCACAUUGUUCUGAAAUCUUGAAAAAAUAAAUCAAGAUUCUGAACGAGGCUGUCAUAAAAUCAAUUAAUUCUCUCAAUUUGCCAAAAUCAGACUUCUGUUGGGCGAGGAGUAGAGGAUUGUGAGCCGAAAGUCAAAGUUUUGACAGCGGUAUGGGUCUCGUUGUGAGGGCUCUCAUUAAAAAUGAAGGUUUCAAAAGUAUAGAACAUUGUAUGCUGCAGGCAGCGUGUCCAGGGUGGACUGUACCAACUGGCCUGAGUUGAUGGCUCAGAGGAGUGGAUUCAACCAGAGGAGAUAAAGAGGGCCGUUUGCCCUUUUCCUUUUAACACACUUCCUGUGACUUACCAGUAUAUAAAAGCAUCCAUGGUGUAAUCAAAUGUUGCACGGUUUGGGUCAUUGCAGCUUUUCUACAGUCUUUUAAUCAGUGUUAAUGCAUAUUUUACCCAUCUUGUAAUGCUCUUACGUGUCGAAAUUUGUGAUUAUUAUUAUUUAUAAACAUUGUUAUUUAUUAGUGUAUAUUAUUAAUACUGCUCUCUUUUUGAAGCCAAUGAGAUAUGCGCAUUAGCUUUUACAUGAAUUACAUGCACGAAAAUGUGCAAUACAUUCACACUAUAUAUUAUAGAUAAUGUGAAAUUAUAAUCAUACAAUUCUACAUCUACAAACAUUGCACUAUAAUAUUAAAGACGUCAGAUAAUACCACUACUCCUAAUACUCGUACUUACCUCACUACGACUGCACUUACUAAAACUAAUACCAUCAGGAACGGUCAUCUGAACAUACAUGUGCUCGAUACGGCGCGUCACCAACUGUUUCUUUGUACAUUGAAAACAAUCAAGAUGUACAAAGAAUGAUGUCAUCAUUUAUGAGUGAAAGUUGGCACUAGUGUUGGUGAUCACGAAUCGAAGCUCUCUGAUUGUUUGUUUGGACACAGCUACUGGAUGAUACGAAUUCAACAACUUCAUUGAUCAUGGCAGUGUUAGCCUAGCAUCGGGAGACCGUCCGGAUAGGUUGGAUGCAUGAUGUGAACAUAUUUAAAAAGGGAAGAAUGGCCUUGAACCGAUUGGCAUUAUUUAGUUAUUACAACUAGAUAGAGGUAGAUUGAUAACAAUGAUGGAAAACUGAAUUUGUAAAUGUAUUCUUCAUAUGUUCAGAAAAACUUUAAUGCUCAGGGAACUUUUGAAAUAAAGAAAAAAUACAAACACGAAAUACGAACUACAAAUAUGAACGACAAAUUUGAAGUGCUACAAACAUUGGAUCAUUGGCUUGCUUCAGUUUGCGUCUUUAAGUUCCCAGCCAAUCACGGUGGAUCUAUGAUUCUGUAAAUGUUGGUCUAUCCAGUCAAAAUCUUUCACUUCAGAGAGAAGGGGUGCUAGUUCAGCACCAAACCGUGACAAUGUUUGCAUUAUGUUUUGCCAUUACAAUUCUGAGCACAGCAUUGCGUAUUCAGACCCAAGAGGUUCCUCGAUUGGUCUUUUUGAAAACAGCAAAACCCGGAGAUAAUGUCACUCUGCAUUGUGGUGCUUUGAACGAAUCUAUAUUUAUUUUAAACUGGUUUAAACAAUCUCUUGGAUUCAUUCCCCAAGUGGUUGCUAACAGAGUUUAUGAAAAAAUGUAUUACCCAUCCUUGAAUUCAAGGAUCACAAUAGGAGUGGGAACUGACUUUGAUCUUAUAAUCAAAGAUAUAAAUAAAGAGGAUGAAGCAAACUAUUUCUGUAACCAAGGAACUCAGUAUAAGAAUAUUUGGAAAAAAGGCACAUUUUUGACCGUCAAAGAUGGCAAUGACAAGAGGUUUGUCUCCCAGGCUGUGGUCCAACAGCCUGUGACUGCAUCAGCUCAACUGGGAGACCCUGUGGCUCUCCAGUGCUCUAUUACCUCCCAGAGGACGGACCACAGUAACCAGUGCCAAGGGGAACCCAGUGUGUACUGGUUCAGAUCAGGACCAUCUCACCCUGCUGCCAUUUACAUGAAUGGGAACAGGACUGGUGAAUGUCAGAAUAGUUCUGGGCCUCCGUCUGCUCCACAGAGCUGUGUCUACACUCUCCCCAAGAACAAUGUAGACGCCUCUGAUGCUGGGACUUACUACUGUGCCCUGGCAGCAUGUGGGGCAGUUGUGUUUGGAAAUGGAACCAAGUUGGACAUAACAGAACACAACUCGUAUCUAGUUACCGUGGGGCUUGGAAUUUUGUUGGCUUGCUGUCUGGGUGUGAUUAUAAUCCUCCUUCUGACCAGGAAUAAAAAGCAAGUUUGUCAGCAUUGCAAAGGAACACUGAGCGCCUCCUGCCAUCCUGAACGGGACUCAGUGAUACAGGAGCCGCAGGACGGGGAAACAGACUCCUUGACCUACGCACCGUUGGAGUUCUCUGGCAGGAAAACCAAAGGAGGGAAGAAGAACAGUGAAAGGACUCAGGAGAGUCUGUAUUCUGCUGUGAGAGAAACCUGCCACUGAACUCUAAAUGAAGGAUGUAGUGUUCUCAGUUUCUGAUGUCAGAUUGGCUGGAUGUCUAUGAAUGUAAUGGUUGUUUGUGGUAUUAAUUAGGACCUGUUUAUUGUUAUGAGUGAAUGUAGAUUGUUUCUUAUAUGUCUCUUUGUUUGAAACAUAAAAAUGUGAAUUGCAACCAUUGCAACCAUUUAUCUGUCUUGGGGAACUAAAUUGCUUUGCAGACGAACGAUGUUUUGAAUAUUUUGCCUGCGCAAUCCUUGUUUCAUCAGAUUUACUCAAAAAACUAUUGGGAUUUUAUGUUUAUAUUUUUUUAAUUUGAUUAAUUAUUAAUUAUUUAUCAGUUAUUAAGAUUAAAUCUAAGUGAGGGCUAAUUAAUUACAACAUCCUUUACAGGACUCUAUUGAGUAUCGGCUCAUUUCAAUUUGUAUCAUCUUUGUUGUGGGCAGUUUUGCCACGUUAAUUUAAAACAAUGUUGUAAAUUACCUGCCUGUAGAACCCCAACCACAACUUAUAUUUUAACAACACUAAUGAUACAAUCCCACAGAAUCUUUUGUAUCUUAUCAAAAAAGUUUGCAGAAUCGUAAAAAAACAUCUUAUCAUAUCCGCAAUGAAAGGUCGAUGGAACACCAUCUUGUGGGGUCGCUAGCGAUUUCCAUCCCCAAUUCAACACAAGGUUAGGUGUAUUUGUGAAGCCUUUCAUCACAGAAAGACUCACAGGCAACAUCCUGCAACAAUAAACCCUCAGUCAAAGUGAAAUAAACCUCUGGACAGACUAAGAGAGAAGAAUGGACAAACAAACGGAAAUAAAUACAACCAAAUAUAAUCAAACGAUAUUCUUAAAACUGUAUGCCGACAUGUAAUAAGGUAUUGCAAAAAGGGGGCAUAGUGAGAGAUUAAAAAGAGACCCUGCUUUCAGUAGGUAGUUGCUUUUCAAACCACAGUGCUGACACAGCCUGCACAGGAUGAGCACUCAUAACCAGACCAGUGAUGCACUGCAGUUAAACCACAAGCAGAAAGGUCACAGCGCGAGAUCACGUGACUAGACACUAUAAAGGCGGCACCUUCCAUGUCUCAGAAGUCAAGAAUUAUUUUUCGGUUGUGUGUAGAUGAACCCUUCUUUUCUUUUUCUUUUACA